AUGACGAUGCCCGAAAGCCAUCCCCAAUCCAAUGGCUCUCCCGAUCAGCGGUCGGACGAGAGUGUAUCAACCGAAGAGGGCAGACUACGACAGAAGAGACCCCCGGCGUCCGACCGACUACGCUCCCACCUCCGACAAGAGGUCAACACCGACCACGCAGACCUCAUUAUGCUGACCUGCUCCUUCAUCUCCGGCCUUGUCGAUAGCACAAUCUACAACGCCUACGGCACGUUUGUCAGCAUGCAAACUGGAAAUACAAUCUUCGUAGGCCUCGGCCCGUCCACCUCUAGGACAACCUCGAAGCCAUACGGCUGGGCCAAGUCCUUGACGUCCAUCGUCUGUUUCUGCCUCGGCUGCUUGUUCUUCUCGCGCCUCGCUCGGUAUUCCGGUCCACUGCGGCGCGUCACGCUCGUCGCGUCGUUCGCGCUGCAGUCGGUGAUUAUCAUGGUUGUGGCGGCGAUCAUACAAGCGGGUGUGGUAAACGGGGCGCUGGAUACCAUCAAUACGGAUAUCAUGUGGAAGGACGAGGUACCGAUUUCACUGCUGAGUUUUCAGGCCGCAGGUCAGAUCAUCGGCAGCAGAGCGUUGGGCGUGUCUGAGAUCCCAAGUGUGGUCCUCACAUCUAUGCUUUGCGACAUAGCCUCCGAUCCAAAUAUCGCAGCGCCAUUGACGAGCAAUGUUAAGAGGAACAGGCGGGCCCUUGCUUUCACUUGCAUCUUGGUUGGGGCCAUCGUGGGUGGCUACAUUGGUCAGGCGACCGGGAGGAUGCAGUUCGACCUUUGGAUAGCAGGGGGCAUCAAGGUCCUGAUUACCAUGGCGUGGUUUUUCUGGCCAGAAAAGAGGGUGGAGCUUGUAUGA